GCACAGAACAACAUCAAAACAACGCAGUGAAAGGCGUCCCAACGCGGUCACGUGACAGUUACUUCUCACACACGUCUGUGUCUCUGUCCCUGUGGGGACCUCUCCUGGCCAUUCUCUCCUCACACCUGAUCCAAACUGGAACCCACUCAGAACCACCCCGUUAUUUUGCAGUUCAAACCCUUAAAACUGGGGCUUGACCUCAUGGAGUUCAGCCCAAUUGUUUCCACAUUGGCACGAGGUCCUCACAAGGUCCUGGUUCGCCAUCAACCUGUCCCCACAAGGGAGGAUUAACCAGCCCACACACAGCCUCAGCACGUGAAAGGAAACAGGACAGGGCAGGAAAUUGGAUUCAGAUGUCAUGUGACAGCUGGGACGCGGGCUCAUUUUAGGGACCGCUCUGCGUUAUUCUGUUCAUCACUGGGACGGAGCAACUUUCCUGACAGUCCAAAGCUCCGUUUUCACUCAAUCUCCGUCAUUCCAAACAACAACAACAACAACAACCAAAGGGACGAGCUCGCGGUAAAAACGUUUGUGGCCGUUCAGUCGCGUCUGAAUCCACAUUUCUGCCCAGUGAUCCGCUCAAGCCUGAUUGAUGAGUGUGAAAACCAAUGACAUUAACGAGGCCCUCAGUCUAAUCUGCCCUCGCCAGCGUCACUCAUCACACGUGCCGAGUCUCCGAGGGAUGAAAGAGGUUUGUGCAGCUCAGCCGAGCGCUGUGUUGGCCGCCCGCGGCUCGGAGCAGACGGCUCGUCCGUGAUGACGUCAGUCACACCCGGGAGCAGCCGCCUCGGUGUCAGGUGGGCAGCGCGAGAGCGGAGGAGAGGAGCGCGCGACCUGAGUGGACCCAUGGCCAGGCUUCAGAGGCCCCGCUGCAGCCCGGUGGAGGAGCACUUCCUGCUGUGCGUGGAGCACGGCCACGCUGCCGAGGUGAAGAGGAUGCUGGACGAGCUGCCCCACCUGGACGUCAACUGCGUGGACCGCGCGGGUCAGAACGCCCUGCAGCUGGCGGUGUCCAACCAACGAGUGGAGGUGGCCCGAGUGCUGCUGCAGGAGGAGCGGGUGGCCAAGAGGGGCGACGCCCUGCUGCUGGCCAUCAGCCAGGGCCACGUCCGGAUGGUGGAGGUCCUGCUGAGCCACCCGGCCUCCGCCCAGGAGGAGACAGGGGACAGGUUCUCUGGCGACGUCACGCCCAUCAUCCUGGCCUCGCAGCGCCACCACUACCAGAUGGUCCACAUCCUUCUGACCAAGGGGGCGCUGAUCGAGAGGCCGCACGACUGCUGCUGCCGCUGCGGCGCCUGCGCUGAGCAGCGCAGCCGCGACGCUUUCCGGCAUUCGCAGUCUCGGAUCAACGCGUACCGAGGCCUGGCCAGCCCCGCCUACCUGACCCUGUCCAGCCCGGACCCAGUGAUGGCAGCUCUGGAGCUCAGCCACGAGCUGGAGGUCCUGGCCGCCACCGAGGAGGAGUUCAAGAGCGACUACCAAGAGCUGUCCACGCAGUGUAAGGACUUGGUGGUGGGGCUCCUGGACCUGUGCAGGACCACGGAGGAGGUGGAGGCCGUCAUCAGCGGGGACUUGGACUCGCGCGGCGGAGAAAGGCUGACCCGGCUCCAGCUGGCCAUCAAGUACCAAGUCAAGAAGUUCGUGGCUCACCCCAGCUGUCAGCAGCAGCUUCUGUCCACCUGGUACCAGAACUGCUCCGGAUUGCCGCAGCGAACCACGGCCAUGAAAGUCCUCCUGGUUCUGGGAAUUGCCGUGGGGUUGCCGGUCCUGUCCUUCGUGACCUGGGCGGCUCCGUCCAGCAAGGUCGGGAGGCUCAUGCGCGGCCCGUUCCUCAGGUUCGUGGCCCACGCCGCCUCCUUCCUGGGAUUCCUGCUCCUGCUGGGGCUGAACGCCGCCGAGCGCUUCCAGGGCCCGGCGCUGCUGCCCAACGCGACGGCCCGACCCGACCACCCCUCGCAGCUGUUCCGCAUGAAGACCACCCGGCUGAGCUGGAUGGAGACGCUCAUCGUCUCCUGGGUCAUAGGUAAAACCUGGGAGGAGUCUCGGCGCGUCUGGUGGCAGGGCCUUGGCGAGUACCUGUCCCAGCCCUGGAACCUGCUGGACUUCAGCAUUCUGGCCCUCUUCACUGCCUCGUUCGCCGCGCGGCUGACGGCCUUCUGGCUGGCGUGUUCGGCUCAGCGUUACGUGGACCUGCACCUGGCCCACCCCUCCACCACCUCGCUGCCCCCGGAGGUCCAGUACUUCCAGCUGCCGCGGCUCCACUGGCUGCCCUCCGACCCUCAGCUCAUUUCCGAGGGCCUCUACGCCGUGGCCGUGGUGCUGAGCUUCUCACGGGUCGCCUACAUCCUGCCGGCCAACGAGAGCUUCGGCCCGCUGCAGAUCUCGCUGGGUCGCACGGUGAAGGACAUGUUCAAGUUCUUGGUGGUGUUCGUCACCGUCUUCGUGGCCUUCAUGGUGGGAAUGUUCAACCUGUACUGCCACUACCUGGGAGCCAAGCUCAACCAGGCCUUCACCACGCUGGAGGAGAGCUUCAAGUCUCUGUUCUGGGCCAUCUUCGGGCUGUCGGAGGUCAAGUCCGUGGUGGUGAGCGUGGACCACAAGUUCAUCGAGAACACGGGCUACGUUCUGUUCGGACUCUACAACGUCAUCAUGGUCAUCGUCCUGCUCAACAUGCUCAUCGCCAUGUUCAACAGCUCCUUCCAGGAAAUCCAGGACGACGCCGACGUGGAGUGGAAGUUUGCUCGAGCCAAACUCUGGUUCUCCUACUUCCAGCAGGACGGGACCUUGCCGGUCCCCUUCAACCUGGUGCCCAGUCCCGGAGCCGUGCUCGCCCUGCUGAAGGGAGUCAAGACCUUCCUCUGGGACCGGACCACCGCCGGCUCCAGCGAGGAGACGCAAGUGCACACGCUGAGGGACGAACGGAGCCAGGAUCCAUCCGUCAGCCCCACUCGCCACCAGCAGAAGCUCAUGAGGCGCCUCGUCAGGAGAUACGUGGCGGAAGCUCAGCGAGACGCGUCCUGGCCGCGCGUGCCCGCCAGACGCGUCACCCCGCGGCCCUCUGCAGGUGAGCUGAGGGAGAUCAAGCAGGACAUCUCGGCUCUCCGCGUCCGGCUGCUGGAGCAGCAGAAGCAGGAGGCGGAGCUGGUGGCGCAGCUGCGCCAGAAGCGGAGGCCUCCGGAGCAUCCGUCCGGCUGAGAGCGGGAGUCCGGUGCCAGCGCCGAGCAGUCGCGCGCUUCACUGUCGUCCCUCCAUGUGCGGUGUCUGUCGCCUUCUCCAGUAAACACACCCUUUCUUGGUCCA